AUGGAUCCGAAGAUUCUGGGUACCAAGACGCUCGAUUCGGAUCAGAAGAAACAGCUGCAAUACACAUCGAUGAACAUCAAGAGCGCCUUCAUGGACCUGAGGACGUACCAGAGCAAGCAACGUUACCACUGUGGCGUUGAGGCGUGCAGCUCCAGAGCACCCUUGCGGGUUACCGCCACCGGACUUCACGACAACAGCGCCCAACCAUGGCAGAGCCAGAUCGAUCAGGGCCAGCUCAGUGAAGAGGACAAGGCGGAUGCGAGUCGGAUAAAAGAGGCGCUGCGAACGGCAUUCGCAGCUGACAAGUUCACGGCUUAUGACCAGUUCAUCUCCAGGAGACUCCGUGCUGAACCAGAGCUGACAGAAUCGGAACCGUUGAAACAAGGCGUGAUGAACCCGGAACAGACAAACAUGGAAACUGGUCUGAGUGGGAAUGAGAGCCGUGUGAAAGUGCAUGUUGAUGAGGCAGAUUUUCAAGCAAGUUACGAUGAAAAGGAUAAGAAGUGGACUAUGAGCUGGAAGUGGGCGGAUGGCUCGGCACCUGAGGCGCUGAGGGACACCGUGUCGGAGUAUAAAAUACCGCCAGAGAGCCGUGAGGAAUAUGAAGAGGAGCUGAAACAGUGGGUGGAAAACGGUUGGCUCGAGCCGUACGAUGAAGAGAAACAGGGGCCGCCGAAGGGAACAAUUCCUCUCAUGGCGGUGCUGAAUCGGAACAAGGAGAAGGUGAGACCAGUUCUAGACUUCAGACAGCUGAAUUCGUUCGUUGAUGCGCAUACCGCAGACGCAGACGUGUGCGCCGAGAAACUGCGCGAGUGGAGGAAAAGGGGCACUGAUGGAGCCAUGAUCGACCUCCGAAAAGCAUACUUGCAAGUGCACGUAGACGAGUCACUUUGGCCCUAUCAAACAGUUGUCUUCCAUGGCAGACGGUAUAGUCUUACGCGUCUUGGCUUUGGUUUGAGCGUCGGGCCUCUGGUGCUGAAGAAGGUGUUGGCCACUAUCCUGAGCUGGGACGCAGACAUCAGACGCGCUACUUCAGCAUACAUCGACGACAUCUUUGUCGAUGAGAGUGCUGUUCCGGCGGAGCGUGUUGUGGCGCACCUCAAGAAGCACGGCUUGGACUGCAAGCCCCCGGAGCGCCUCUCUGGCGGUACCCGUGUCCUUGGACUUCGGGUACAGGAGGGGGACGGUCAUCUGGUCUGGAGACGAGACAACACUGUCGGAGACGUCCCAGAGCCACUGACAAAGCGGGCUCUGUUCUCGCUAUGUGGUCGGCUCGUCAGUCACCUUCCGGUCUGCGGCUGGCUGAGGCCGGCUGCCUCCUUCAUGAAGAGAGUGGCGAAUGCGACUACAACGUCGUGGGAUGAACCGGUGACGGACCCGAAGAUACUGAAGAUGUUGGAAGAAGUCAUGCAGCGAGUGGAUGCAGCAGACCCAGCACGCGGCAGAUGGGACGUGGAUGGAGAAGACGCAACAGUAUGGGUAGAUGCGAGCUCCCUGGCCCUAGGUGCUGUGGUACAGAUCGGGGGAGAAGUGGUUGAAGACGCAUGUUGGCUAAGACGUGACGAGUGCGCCCAUAUAAAUAUGGCUGAGCUAGAUGCAGCACUAAAAGGCAUCAAUCUUGUGAUUCCAUGGGGAGUCAAAACAGUGAAACUGAUGACAGACUCGCGGACAGUCUACCACUGGCUGAGCGAUGCGAUUUCAGGAAAAGCAAGAGUGAAAACGAAAGCGGCGGGGGAGAUGCUGAUUCGUCGGCGACUGGAGACCAUCAGAAGCACGGUGGAGGAAUACGGUCUCCAGGUAGACGUGAGCUUCGUCACGUCCAGAGAGAACAGAGCUGACGCCCUCACCAGAGUGCCGCAGAAGUGGCUCGCUCCGACAUCAGACGGCUCUGCUGUCCGUGUUGAAGUCGGUGGCGCCGACCAGCGAAGUGACGGUGGUGUAGCCGCCGCAGCAGCAAGUCAUGACAACUCAGAUGAGAUCCGGCGCAUACAUGACUCGACUGGGCACCCUGGGAUACGGCGCACCUUCUACUUCUGCAAGAAGUCCGUACCAGCAGUCACCAAGAGCCAGGUGCGCGCCGUCGUCCAUCAGUGUCAGCAGUGCCUGUCGUUGGAUCCAGCUCCAGUCAGGUGGUGUAAGGGAGAUCUCAGCGUUCCGGAAACGUGGACACGGCUGAGCAUGGACAUAACACAUGUGAACGGCGGCCAGUAUCUGACGGUGAUAGAUAACGGCCCAUCUCGCUUUGCUGUGUGGCGGAAGUUGAAGAGGCAGGACAGCAGCAGCGUCAUCGAACAGCUGGAGCAGAUAUUCUUUGAACGAGGAGCGCCGCGAGAAAUCCUAACGGACAACGCAGCGGCAUUCCGUAGUCGUGCCUUCUCCGAAUUCAGCGAGCGAUGGGGCGUGACCAUGCGAUUUCGAAGCGCCCACCGACCCUCUGGAAAUGGGAUAGUGGAGCGGUGCCACCGGACAGUGAAGUGUAUUGUAGCCCGCUCAAGCUGCUCAGUGCAGGAAGCACUGUACUGGUAUAACGUGACACCCAAGGACGACGUCAGUGCUGAAUCUGCUCCGGCGAAUCAAAUAUACCGAUAUGAAGUGAAAAUACGUGGAAUCGACGAGAACUCCAGCGAUCCUGGUGUAGUCGUGUGUCGGUUCAGCUUGGGAGAUCGCGUGUGGGUUCGAGAUCCCAGCACACGAUGUGACGUACCCAGUUCAGUGGGAACGGUCACCAAAGUGGUGUCGGCCCAGACCGUGGAAGUCGACAGCAUUCCUCGUCAUGUGCGCGAUCUGCGCCAAGCUUCAACAGACUGCACUCAGGAGUCGGAGCCCAAGUAUGAACGAGAAGAGCCCGGAGAAGACGCAGAGGAGUCGUGGCUGAUCCAGAUACCAGCUCCAAGAACGACAGGAGGCUGCGAGCAGAUAAAUGACGCUGAUGGUGCCUCCCAGCUCGAGUGUGAAGUGUCUCAGGCCACAGCGGCUGAGGUCAACGAGACUGAGAGUGCGGACAGCCCGGCCUCAGCCGUCGUCAGACAGAUGCCAGCAAAGACGUGUAGCAAGAGACAACACCCACGAGCACUGUACCGCGAGUGUUGGCGCGCCCAUAGCGGCGUGACUGACUGA